CCUCUCCCAUUUUCUUGCAAUUGGAAAAACUUGAAACGUUAGCUGUUCUCGCGCGUCGGAGAGAUUCGACAGUGACCGUGUUAGAUUAUCGACUUCGCUUGAAUUUUCCUUGGUAGAAACACAUCUAACGAUUAUUCGCACCCGAUAGUUUCCAUCUCAUCAACUGAUUUCGUUUCAAUUUUCCAUCAUCUUCAACUUCCUGGAAGAAGACACUUUUCGCGAUUUUAUGUCUCGGACUAGCUUGAUUGAGACUUGUGGAGCCCAGUCUGGCCUUGAUUUCUCUUCUUGCCAACUUUUAGGAAGAAACGUGCGGGCAAGACUCAUCUAAAUCAUCGACUGCACAAUUUUUGAAUCGCAUCCAACAUAAUUUGAUCAAGUUUCCACUUUCAAGAAGAAGAGAUCAACAGCGCUGAGCAGCUUUUCUCAAGAGUUCGUUUGGACCUUGUCUCAAUUCUUAAUUUUCUUUGGCUUCUCUUUUGGAUGCGUAUCGAAUAGGAUAAACUAGGUUAGAGGUUUUGAACUGCUAUUCACACAGAAGAAGGUCAAUUUUCCAAACAGUGUCCACGCUUCAAAAGAACUCGAUUAGAUUUGGUACAAUCCUCUACUGAUUUGUCUUUAUUCUGCUUGGAGAGACAGCUUUAUCACCCUGAUCACAGUUCGCUGGACUCCGCUUUCUUGGAUUAAAGCCGAUUCAUCUUCUUUCAAUUUUAUAUUAAUUCAUUCAUGAAUUUCACCGCAAAGGACAGUGAACCCUCUAAAAAGGCAGAUUCGCUCCUAUCUGCUGCGGUCGCCAACAUUAUUAUCAAUGGAUUUCUGUGUUAUGCCACCAUUAUGAUGAACAUUGUAACAAUCUACGCGCUGAGAAAAACCUCUUCGUUGUCAAAACCUUUGAAAACAUUGCUUUUGAGCCUUGCGGUUUCUGAUCUUGGUGUUGGCCUACUGAGUCAACCAAUGUACAUCGCCUCCCUGGUUGAAAAGGAGUUACGAUCCAAGAAUACUCCGACUCUUGACACUUUUUCAACAAUUGUAUCCAACAUACUUUUUUUAAUUUCGUUUUGCAGCAUAACGGCCUUAAGUGCAGACAGAUUUCUCGCCAUUCAGUGGCCUUUACGUUACCAAGAAAUCGUAACUCACAGACGGGUAGUGAUUCUUGUCACGGCAAUAUGGCUCGUCGUUGUUAUUUUUAUACCCAUCGAUCUGCUCGCGCUAUUCCCGAAAUAUCCAAGUGCCUCUACCGCAAUUUUUUUUACUAUCCAUUCGCUAUCCUUCGUUUCUUCCACAUUGACCUCUUUUAAGAUUUAUAUAACAAUCAGGCAUCAUAGUAUUCAGAUUCAGACCCAAACGCAGCAUGUCACACAAAAUAACGGCCUGGCGAAUAUGGCGAGAAUCAAAAAGUCUGCUCAAAGCACAAUUUGGAUUUACCUCGUAUUCUGGGUAUGUUAUCUGCCUUACUUUUUUCUAUACGUUUAUGCUUUUGUUAAAUCUACUCUUCCUCCUCGAGAGCUACAAAUGUUCACGGUGACGCUUGUGCUUAUAAAUUCCUCCCUCAACCCGAUCAUCUACUGCUGGAAGAUCAGGCACUUUCGACCCUCCAUUCUAAGAAUUCUUCGGAGAAUAAGCAAUCGCAAUAUAGGCGAAAGAUCGGUUUAUAGCUUUGACGGAUGAACAAAGGCGAAAAACAUUGAAACUUGUUUCGGAAAUAUUUUUGCUAUCAUUUCUUUUCUCGCUGCGUAAAGGUCAAACUGGGCUCCAAGGGAGCUCUUACCAGCCACAAUGUGAAAACAGGAAAAGAAGAGGGGAGGGAAACUUUUGAUAAGUUCAAUUUGGAAGUCUUAAGGAUCCGAAAAAAUUUAAAAACCGAUGUACUUCUUUAAACGGCGAAUAUGACUCACAGAAAACAAGGUGAAACGUUUUCUGGUAUUAGAAACUCAGGUAAAGAAAAAAUAAGAAAUUUAUUUACUUUUUAGCGUCAGUAAUGAGAGGAUUAAAUGAGGACUAAACGCCUGAAAUAAGAACCGCAGAAUCGCAUGCAUUAAAGCCGCAUGUUCUUAAUGACAAGCGCAGGAGGGGGUGAAUUAACGAGGCGUCAUUAGCGAAGAACCACUAUGAAUUAAAUUGAAAAAGAGUGGAGAAGGGCUCUUGUAGCUGAAGAAAGUGGAGGGCCUUGGAUAAGUCUGAAAGGAAAUCAACCAGAGGAAGGCUGAUGUCGUAGAACGAUAUGUAGAUAGAAAUAAAAUACAUCCAUUCCCAUGUUUAGAAAUAGUGUGGGGUAUCUCCCAUGAUCAACCGACGGUGCAACCCGAGACUGCAUGAGGUUAAAUUGAUCCAUCCUACACUUAACACUAACGUUGCUGAAAAACAUGGUAUUGGCGUUGCUUUCUGGUCUUAAGUCACUAAAGUUCCUUUUGUGUGACAGAAAAAUUUUUUCCUGUAAUGCAUAGUAAGUAAAAAAUUUAAUCGAAGAUGACUUUCUUUGAAUACAUUAUGUAAGAGAAUAAAAUUCUUGUUCUACUACAAAUGGCCAUGUAAUAGCCUCUGCCUUCCACUGUCAUGAUUAGAAACAACAAAGCCUAGAUUUGUGAAUUAGAAUGUGCUUUAAAGAAUGAUAGUGACUCUUGCUUGAGUUAGUUCAGUAGGGCUGCACGCAGCUGUUCAAAGCUAUUUAAUCUCCGGUUUGAAACAUCAUUGUUUAUCGCGCUUUUACGGAUGAUGCAUCUUCUCACUUAGUAAUAACAGCGAAUUAAAAAGUAACGACGUCUUAAUGGAAAGGUGCGACUUCUCAUUCACGAGUGACAUUUAUUGGC